AUGGAGGCCGCGCCCGUCUCAGACUUCUCGAAGCUGCAAGAGCUGCUGGCGCCGCCGUGUCUGGACCCUAAGCCGCCCCGGGGGGCGUCCCCCGCUCAGCAGGCACCAAGGACCCCAGGAUGCCCCAGAACCAAUGGCAGGUCCUUCUGGCCUGCACGCCAGGACUCGGUCACUGCCCUGCGUUUCCUCCAAGAAACAGCAGAGGGGCUGGUCCAGACCCCUGCCUGGGACACCCACACCCUGGGGCCCUGCUGGGAGCUGAAGGCCUUGGAGACUCUGGGACCCUCGCCUCUGGCAAGGGAUGCCAAGAACAUGCUGACCCCAGUCAGCCUGCCGAGCUGCAGCUCGGGGUCCCCAGAGGCUCCCCCAGCCCCCACAGCCCUACCCCGGAGGAGACCCCGGAAGCAGUCAAAGCCCCACCAGGGCGCUGAGAAAGUGGACCCCCAGUUCGAGGGGGUGACCCUGAAGUUCCAGAUAAAGCCGGAUUCCAGCCUACAGAUCAUACCCAGCUACAGCCUGGCCUGCGGUAGCCGCGCUCAGGCUCCCUCUACAGGCCCUGCCGGGGGCCCUGAGGUCAAUUCAGGAGGCAGCGAGGCCCUGGGGCCACGGUGCUGUGCUUCCUGUAGAACCCAGAGGACCCCACUCUGGAGAGAUGCAGAAGAUGGGACCCCUCUCUGCAAUGCCUGUGGUAUCAGGUACAAGAAGUACGGCACCCGCUGCUCCAGCUGCUGGCUAGUGCCCAGGAAAAGUGUCCAGCCCAAGAAGUUAUGUGGCAGAUGUGGGGUGUCCCUGGGCCCCCACCAAGGCCCAACUCAGGAAGGGGAUCCCAGAUGGAAGACCCAGGCGUCAGGCUCCAGAGUCCCCAUCUCAGGGGGCCACUGUCCCCCUCCCUGGGCCCUGGGCCAAUCAGGGUUGGCUGAGCCUCCACUCAGAAAACGUCCUCAGCAAUGA